AAUUAGAUCCUUUUUUUCUAAAUGCCUUGCUGGUCAUUUGCAAUAACUGAAAAAUUAAUUUUAAAGUUUUGUUCGUUCUUCGUUCAUCUUUCUGUCUAUUAUUUAUGGCAUCAUCAAGUACAAAGUGGUAGCUGAAGUCACAAUGCCUCUUUUAAUAUAAAGCCGAGCUAGUGAUCUGUUCUAAAAUGAACAAAGCUGCCUGUGAUUUACAUAGAAAUCGCUGUUUAAGUGACAAUCAAAUAUUCACCGGGUGAAUAUAAAAGUCGGUGAAGCGUUUUUCCUGUCCAGAUGUGUUGAAAAUGUAUGCCACUUCACGAGCGAAGCCUUUUUAUUGGGCUUUAAUGCUUCUUAAUUUACUUCUAUGGUAUCCGAUGAGAAACGGAAAGUCGUAUAUGAAAAUAUUCAUCAGUUUGUCGAUUUUAUUGAGAACGAUAUCACUUCUGUCCUUCUCGGGAACAUUGGCUCAUCUGAUCCUGUAUUUUUCAGAUGGAACGAACAUUGAUAUUAGCGAAGAUAUUGGCGAUAUAUUCGGCUUUGUCGGUUGUAUGUCAGUUAGCAUAAAUUUUUCAAUUUAUCAUGGAAGUUGGUCUAGAUUCUUCAACAACUUGCUCAACUUUGGACAAUUUGGAGAACCACCGGGUUAUAAAAAAAUCGUUAAAAGAGGAAACAUGAUUUCCUUAGUGUGUAUUAUCUACACAUUUCCAGGCAUGUUAUGGUACUGUUUACUUUCCUACAUGCAGGUGCCGCAUUGCAAGGAAAUGAAUGUGAAAAUGGGCCUCAAUGAACCAUGUGGAAUGAUAAAUCCUACUUGGCUGCCCGUCAAAGAAAUGGACAAAUCACAUUUUAAAUUAGUUUACAUAUUUCAAGCUGUAGGCAUUUUUGUGUAUCUUCCGUCUACUUUGGUUAUUAGCAGCAUUCCACUGGAAGCUGUGGAAAUUAUUGUGGCUCGAUUGAACCAUUUGAAGGGACUUUUUCGCGACGCUUUCAAAUCUGAGGAUCCGAAAAUUUGUUCAAAACAGUUAUCCUACUGCAUCCGCUACCACCAAGACAUCAUCAAAGUCUCUCAAGAAUUAAGUGGUCUGGUUAAGCCAACUAUGGGAAGCUUAUUCCUAACAGCAGCCAUUGUUAUCGGGUCAUUAGGCAGUCAGAUACUCAAGGCAUCUACACCAAAAGCCAUCUCUUUUAUCAUGGGAUAUAUACUGACCGUGUUUAUAGGAUGUCAUGCUGGGCAAAGACUGAUUGAUGAGAGCCUAGACCUGGCAAAAUAUGUGUACGACACCAGAUGGUAUGAGAUGGAGCCCAAAGUGAGGAAAGAUAUUGUAUUCAUUCUGAAAAGAUGUCAAAAACCCAUCACUUUGGGUGCACCACCUUCAAUGGGUUCAGCUGGAUAUUUACUAUUUUUUAUUGUAAGCUGAGAGGAUAUUAUUAUCAUAACUACUGAUAAUUUCUCAAAUAUGUUUCAGCUGAUUAAAACAUCGUACACCUACCUGACGCUUCUUAAUGAGCUGGAGUAGUUGACGCCAUUAAACUGAUCAAGGAGAAUUUAUGCUGAUAGAGUCUUUUUAUUUUAAAAAUUAUGCUUUUAUCUUUAAUAUUUAGCUAACCGCGAGCAAAAAUCUAGUAGAGCAUUAAUCUUCUUAUGAAAACUAUGCGACAGCAAAUCGACACAUUUUCGCAUGUAGUUAUUGCAAUUCCUAUAACCUAAACAAUUCUAACGUAGUAUUAAAACAAGACCUACGUUUGAAAUUAAAAUUAAAUUCAGAAGAACAAACUCUAAAAUAACAAUAAAAAACAGGAUGGUKAUUUUCGCCAAAAUGUGUGCGUUACWAAUCCUUGAACUUCUUUCGRCGACCGACUACAAAAUYAUACCUAAAAAUGGGAAACAUGCUGYAGAAWUAUUUUAAUAUGGAUAAUUUCGARUAUCGCAUAUAUUUAAAGUUAUACGAAGCGAUUAGUAACUGGUAAA